GCUUGAUGCAAACACACAUUAAAGUGGAAAAUGAAGAUGAUGUACAGUUCGUGUCUAUUAGCCAUAAAGAAGCGAAUGAGGGGGGAUCCUUCAUGAAAGUUAGAAAAUCUAUGAAAAGCAGAAAGCCCCGUUAUGAUGGGUCUCUGGUUCAGCUGACCAGGAGAUUCAUGGAUCUUGUUAAAAUGGCUCCUCAAGGUGUUCUCGAUUUGAAUGAGGUGUCCCGUAUGCUGGGAGUCCGAAAACGAAGAGUGUAUGAUAUCACAAACGUAUUGGAUGGAAUUCAUCUUAUUCAGAAAAGAUCCAAGAACCUUAUCCAGUGGGUGGGAUCAGAUAUUAAGCAGAUUACUGCGAGAACUCCAGAGCAACAGAAAUUACGAGAUGAACUUUAUGACUUAACAACCAUGGAAGCAGCACUGGAUGAAUUAAUCAAGGAUUGUGCUCACCAGUUGUUUGAUUUAACAGAUGACAAGGAAAAUGCAAGACUAGCUUAUGUGACUUACCAAGAUAUCCGUAGCAUUCAAACUUUCCAAGAACAGUUAAUUAUUGCCAUCAAAGCUCCUGAAGAAACCAAAAUGGAGAUACCUGCUCCAGAAGAGGACUGCAUAGAAAUACGUAUAAGGAGCACCAAGGGGCCAAUUGAUGUUUAUUUAUGUGAGGUGCCAUUAGAUAAUCCAGAUGCUGAUGCUCUGAAAAGUACUGCUAACGUUUCAUGCACAAGUAAAUAGGAAACAACUGGUGAUGGAGUGAACAUCAUGGGAAAUGUGAAGAGGUGCUGAAUUAUUAAAGAUCUUGAUUCCUGAGCUUCAGCUUUCUUGACUGUCCAGGAUUUAACUUCACCAGGGGCAUGUACAGAUGUGUAAUGUGUUCCUCACAGCUGCAUUAAAAGGACCAAGAGCAGACUGUGAUUGCAGACCUUUCGCUGUCCCUGCUCUUUGCUCACCACCACCCCAAACUUAAAGACAGCCUUAAGUUAAAUUUUGAAAACGUGACUUCAGUUUGUCUUACUGUACAGGCUUGAAUGUAUAUAGUAGCUGCCCAAAUCUGUAUCAUGUGAGUGUGAACUCUGCCACGUGGAGCUUAUUGAAUGGAAGUGGCAAUAAACAUGAGUUGUAAUUAUUCCUUUUUAAAAAAAGCUUUCAGAACAGAAUCUGGAGCCAAAUGUGUUCAACAAGGGACAGUUUUUGAAGAAAUGCACUUUAGUUCUGAAACUGCACUGUUGCUAAGUGGAAUUACUGAAUCUAUAUUAAAAUCCGGAAGAGGAGAUACCAUGCACUAGAAUGGAGUCCCGUAAAUAAGGUUAUAAAACCAUUAUGCACUAUACUGUGGAUGUUCCUAGGAUAGUCAUUAAUCUCAGUAUGGAACUAUUGCGGCAAUUCUUGGAAGAAACUGAAAUUGCUUGGAUCAUGUGUCAUGUGUAUCAUGUUUAAAUGGUCACAAAUGGAAUUUUUUGGGGGGGAGGGGGUGAGCUGCACUUCUGCCCGUGUACAGCAAAAGAGAAAUAAACUUGUAAAUACUAAA